AUGUCGAAGAAUUAUCCCACGUUGAUCAAGCCGCCUCCCCCUUCCGAUAGCAAGUCGCCCAUUGAAGAUGUGCUAGAACUGAAUCACCUUGCCGACAUCGAUCCUAAUCUCUUUACCAAUACUCGUCCGCUAUGGCACCCACCAGGCGCACGCGGUAUCUAUGGCGGCGCGGUCAUUGCGCAAUGUCUCGCGGCCGCUCAACGCACGGUACCAGCCAACUUCGUCGUUCACAGCAUGCACUGCUACUUCGUCCUUAACGGCAAUGCUGAGAUUCCGAUCAUCUACCAUGUUGAGCAUGUGCGGGAAGGUCGCAGCUUCGCCACGAGAACGGUACAAGCACGUCAGCGAGGCCAGCCUAUCUUCACCACGACCCUCAGCUUCGUGCGCGAGGGAAGCGGAGGCAAGAAGCUAGUGCAGCAUGCAGCACAUAUGCCUGUCGUACCUGCGCCGAGUGAGACGCAGACGCAGGAGGAUAUCUUGAGGGGCAGUAGUAGUCCGUUCCAGAGUCAGAGGAUUGACAUACUGAACGACGAUUCUCCACGCCCGCAUGAGAAACGGACGAGGCAGUGGAUCAAGGCUCGAGGCCGGAUUAGUGCGGAAGGAGGCUAUCAGGCGCACCUGAGCGCAUUGGCUUAUAUGAGCGACUCGUACUUCAUCGGCACCGUGUCGCGAGUGCAUAAGCUUUGGAGGUAUUCGACGAGUCCUAAAAGUAACAAGGAGUCCGGUGGCGGCAAGCUGGGUAUCACAGCCUCAACGGUCGAGCGGCUGAAGAAGAUGUCGCCGCAGGAGUUGCGUAGGAUGGAGGGAAUGGACGAAGAUGUCAUUGCCGCGCUGAAUAAUGUUGAGGUUGACAGCCAGGGCAAUGUAAAGUGGAGGUCGAAGGAGCAGAGUCCGGCGGAGGUGGGCAUGAUGGUGAGUUUGGAUCAUACCAUUUAUUUCCAUGCGCCCAAGGAGUUCCGUGCCGACGAGUGGAUGUUCACCGAAUGCGAAAGUCCGUGGAGUGGGGAUGGGAGGGGACUGGUGCAUCAGAGGAUGUAUACGAAGGAGGGCAAACUUAUCGCGACUUGUGUGCAGGAGGGCGUGGUCCGGUUGAAGCAGGAUUCGACACCGAAGCUAUAG